AGGAGCGCAAGCGGCACAGCGAGUCUCUCUCGGCUGUGCAACGCUCCGAGCAUCUCGCACAGAGGCGUCUACGUUUAAAAAAAAAUAUAUAUAUAAUAUUUCUUUAAAAAAAAAAACCCGUAUAAUGUCCGAAGACGGUGCGGAAUACAGAUCUAAUGAUCAUGGCUGUCCUGAUGGAAUGGAGCCUGAAGGGGUUAUUGAGAGCAACUGGACUGAGAUUGUCGAUAACUUUGAUGACAUGAACCUCCGGGAAAAUCUCCUUCGUGGGAUCUAUGCCUAUGGUUUUGAAAAGCCAUCUGCCAUCCAGCAGCGAGCCAUUCUUCCCUGCAUCAGGGAGUACGAUGUCAUUGCCCAGGCUCAGUCGGGGACGGGCAAAACUGCCACGUUUGCCAUUUCUAUCUUGCAGCAGCUAGAUGUGGGCCUAAAGGAGACACAGGCCUUGGUGUUGGCCCCAACUAGGGAGCUGGCUCUACAGAUUCAGAAGGUUAUUGUGGCUUUGGGAGACUACAUGGGUGGGACCUGCUUCUCCUGCAUUGGUGGAACCAGUAUCCGAUCAGACAUGCAGAAGUUUCAGCUGGAGGCUCCACAUAUUGUGGUUGGGACCCCAGGCCGUGUAUUUGAUAUGAUGAACCGGCAGCAUCUUUCUACAAGGUACAUCAAGAUGUUUGUUUUGGAUGAAGCAGAUGAAAUGUUGAGCAGAGGUUUCAAGGACCAGAUCUAUGAAAUAUUCCAGAAACUCAACACUUCAAUUCAGGUGGUUUUGUUAUCUGCCACAAUGCCUUCUGAUGUGCUGGAAGUGACAAAGAAGUUCAUGCGUGACCCAAUUCGCAUUCUUGUGAAGAAAGAGGAAUUGACACUGGAGGGAAUCAGACAGUUCUACAUUAAUGUGGAGCGAGAGGAGUGGAAGCUGGACACUUUGUGUGAUCUGUAUGAGACUCUCACCAUCACUCAGGCUGUUAUAUUCAUCAACACACGGAGAAAGGUGGAUUGGCUGACAGAGAAAAUGCUUGCGAGAGAUUUCACAGUCUCCGCUCUGCACGGUGACAUGGAACAGAAGGAGAGGGAUCUCAUUAUGAGAGAAUUCCGAUCUGGAUCCAGUCGUGUUCUCAUUACUACUGACUUGCUGGCUCGUGGAAUUGAUGUUCAGCAAGUGUCUCUGGUUAUCAACUAUGAUCUGCCUUCCAACCGUGAGAACUAUAUUCACAGAAUUGGUCGUGGUGGCCGCUUUGGACGUAAGGGUGUUGCCAUAAAUCUGAUCACUGAAGAGGACAGACGGACACUCCGUGACAUUGAAUCGUUCUACAACACUACUGUGGAUGAGAUGCCUAUGAAUGUGGCCGACCUGAUCUGAUUGAGUUUUGCGAAGCUGUGAUUGAGGCUGUGAAUGCUGACUGGUUUACUUGCAAUCACAGGUUCUUUUCUUUUUAAACUUGGUGUUGAGUGUCACCUGGAUGCUCAGAACUGAUCAUUGCGUGCAACACUGGUGAUCAGCUUCCUCGUCCUUCCUCCUUGAAAGGUUCAGACUGGCAAUGGGGUGGGGAAAGAAAAUACUUAUAGGGUCAUUAAAAAUUCUGGGUAAGUACUUUUUCAGGCCCAGUUGUCUUUUAGAUUUAGUAGCAUUAGAUAUUCUUCAUCAUGUAACCAUGUACUUGCGGGCCCGGAAGUAUCACAGAUGUUUGCAGUCUGCCAACUACGUGAAACCAGCUUACUUCAGGAUAAUGUUUUAGGAUUCGGAGUGGAGUAUGGGAUAGCCUUCGUGAGAUGUGUGCUAAUCACGGACAGAGAUCAUGUACAAAUCUUGCAUUGUCUGUAUAGUAUUUAUUAAAUGCUGUUCAAUAAAUUUGUAUUUGUUUAAGUGCAUUGUCCUGGGAAUCUUCAAUGGUCUUAAUAACUUUGUGCUUUGGAACAGGACAGGGACUGACUUGAUAUGUGUAUGUGGGACUUUUUUGUCCCAUAUCCACAAAUUCCCAGAGUGGGAAAACAUGGGGGUGGGGGGGGGGGGGUGGGGUUUGGUGUGGUGAUGACCUUUGCUUAAUGAUGCUUGUGCAGAGAGCUACUACUCUGCCUGUUGAUGGUGUGGGCUGUACGUUUUGUAGCUGCUUGUGUGCUUGUCAGAGACUAAUAUAUAUCGGGCCUGCUUGUGGGCUUUUCCCCUCCUGUGAUAUCUCCAUUCCUCUGCCCAAAGUACAGCAAGUUGUUGAGCUCACCUCAUGUUGCUGCAGAGUAGUGUCCUGUGUCUGUUCUCGUGCAUCUGGCUUUGGAUGUUGCACUUUAUAAAGUCAUGUAUUAUUGAACAUUAAACUUGGUAAAAGACUCA